AUGGCGCCUCGCGGUCGUGGUGGCAAGUUCUCAAAGCCGACUAGAGGAGGUGGCAAACACUUCAGUCGAGAUGUGCAACCCGUCGACAAGGAUGGCAACCCCUUAGGCAUGUGGAGGGACCCCGAAGACGAAUCCUCGUCAGAGGAAGAAGACGAGGACGAGUCUUCUGAGGAGUCGUCCGAGGACGACCAGCCAGGACCGUCGCAAGUGGCACCCGAGGAAAUGACGCGUGAGCAGCGGAAAGCAGCAGCUAAAGCAAAAAAAGAAGCUGCUAUCAGGAAGAGAAACCAAGCUGCUGCCCAACCCGGUGAUUUGCCCCCCACGGAUUCCGAAGAGGAGGACGAGGAUGAGGGCGAUUUACCAGCCAACCCAAAUCAUUCUGCCAAAUCUCGCUCUCAGGCAUUAUCAAGUGGCGGUAAUCAAGAAGCAAAGAAGGAGAGGAAGGAUGGUGGUAAUCACGAAUUGUCUCGGCGCGAGCGCGAGGCUCUCGAAGCCCAGCAAGCUCGUGAACGAUACAUGAAAUUGCACAUAGAGGGGAAGACAGAUGAAGCCCGUGCCGACCUUGAGCGUCUGAAACUCGUCCGCGAACGUCGUGAAGCUGAGAAGGCGCGCAGAGAAGCCGAGAAGGAGGAACGAGAGGCUCAGCAGAAAGAACGCCAGGAACAGAUCAGUGAACGUGAGAAGAAGCUUCGUGAAGCAGCACUGGGCAAGCCUUCGCGCGGCAAGAAACCCUCCAAGAAAUAA